AUGGACGAGAAUUUUACAGUUCUCUUGGCUGAACUUGGAUUUCAUUAUGGCAGAAUUUGUAAUAAGGCUGGAAACUCAACAGAAGCUUUGGCUGUGUUUGAUAAACUGUUGAAAACUGCAGGAAAUGAAAACCAUUGCAAAAAUGGACAUUUUAAACUACAAAUACCUUCACAAGUUUGUUGCUGUGUGUGUUUAGUCUGCAAGGCAGCUAUUUUGUUGAACUCUACUAUAAAAUCUCAAACUCAAGAAUCUCUUCAGCAGAUGUUAUUCGAAAGUAACCGGCUAAUCUCCCAGAUCCUGAGGUGUAGCACAUUACCUUCACCAAUGUUAAAAUUACUUUCAGACUCCCUGGAGUACUUCAGAAUUCAUUUGCAAAAUGAAAGUAGCAAAAAGAGUAAGGAAAAAUCACCCACUCUUUCAUUGAAGACUCUCCAAGCAACAGUACAAGUGCUGCAGUCUUACAUCUCAGUCUUAUUUUUGCAGUGUGAGCGGCUUAAAUCAGAGCUGCUUAAAUCCAAACAUGACGAUGUCGUGGCACAGCUAAAACAACAGGUUCUAAAGACCACAGAACGGCAAAUGACAGUAUUUAGUUUUGUUAUUUCUUCAUAUCAAGAUCAGUUGAAGAAUGAAAAAGAUGCAAAAAGUUCAAUCAGGGAUUCAAGGUCAGUAGUACAGGUAUCGCAAAACUUUAAAACAGUUAACUACAGUGUACACACUGUAGUUUAAUGAAAAGAUUAUGUUGCGCUUUUAUUUCUCUUUGUUUUGGGGCAUAUUAAUUGAUGAAAAUGAGUGAAAAACAAAGGGAAACAGUGUGCAAAGAAAGUAGCAUCUGAUAGCCCACGGCUAGUGGAUUUUGGCAUUGGGCUAGUGAAUUCUGUUCUUAACUUGCCCGAUGGGCAAGUGAAGUAUGUUGAGGAAUUCAGCUUACAGAAGAACUGUGAAAUCAAUUCUGCUCAUCAAAAAAAUUGAGGGGCUAGUUGAAAUGACGUUUGGGCUAAUAAAUGCUAGCUUCAGCUUGCCCAAAUGACAAGCUGUAAAAAUGACUUUCUUUGCACCCUUGGAAAUAAAAUUUAAACCAAGGAUAAAUUUGAACCAUAACAUUAUACAUGUAACACUGCUCAAACUUUUAUUGCAUAUCCAGUAUCCUCAACUCUUGCCAAUCAGCCUACCGAUUCUUGAAACAAAAUUACAAAAUAAUAUCUCUAGAAUUUGUCUUUGUGUUACACACAAAUGGGGAUGUACACUGUAGGCAAUAUCUCUGACAAGAUGGCAUUUUGGGGAAGAUGUACCGUAAGUAGUCUGGGUGUGAGAAGGUCCUUGGAAAGAGACUAAGAGAAAUCUAGUAAGAAUAUCUAUAAAGAAUAGGGGAAUGAAUGAAUGUACAGCUGUUGGUGGACCCUUACAAAGAACUACAGAGGCGAAUGUUACUGGGUAUCAAUCUUGAGAGAGUUUACUGUGCUGUUAAUGUUAACACAUUCUUUAUUUACACUAUGCAGAUGUCAGAUCUUUAAGGACUGUAUUCCAGUAGUGGAACUCGCAAACUCUGUAAUUCAUUCUGCCCUUGAUGAUCCAGACAUCCCAUUGUCUCCAAACGAGCUCCGCUGGCUAGGCUGCAAUGUGUACAAUUUGGGCUGUGUGUCAUAUCAGAGAGAUUGCUUUACUGAAGGAGUUCCUCUGUUAGCUAUUGCUUGUGAAGAGCUGCGAGUAUUGUGCUUUAAUGGCAAGACUGAUGAGGAAAUUCUUACAAGGAUUGUGGAGGUAAUAUGGCCUUAAGCCUUGUAAUUUUUCUAACAUACUGUGUGGCAUGAAAUUUUUGUGGGAGUUUGCAACUUUUGUGUUUUGCGGGAACAAACAAUGCUACAGUUUGUGUACCCUACACUGUAUGUAAAACCAGUAUAACAGAUUACUUUUCUUUGUCAUUCAAUUAAAGUAACAUCUGGGAUGACUUGAUUGUUCUGAUGAUCGAUUGGAAGAUUUUAAGUUGCAAAAUAUUUACUGUGGAGAAAUUUUUUGCAGGAAAAAUGUGUGCUGGAAAAAUCGCAAAAAUUAGAACCCGCAAAAAUUUCGUGCCACAAGGUAAAUGAUGUACCAUUUUGACAAGCCCCAAUAGAGAUGAUUACCAAAUUUAUCCUUUGUAUAAUACUAGUGCUCACCAAUCAUUUUUUUCAUAUUGGGUAUUAAAUACUUGUGAUUCAUUUUUUUGUACUGUGCAUAAAAUGCCACAUCAAGGAUUUUCCUUUUUUCUGAGAAAUGGAAGCAAACACUUGUGAUGUUAACCCACCAGAUGGGUCUUACAGUAAUCUGUCCUGUCACGCCAUCAUUAAUAAUAUAACUGAUUUCUUUUAGGUGAAGCUCCUAACAAAAUUUGUACUGCUGACUGACUGUCAGCGACGAGCCAAACAGAUGGCUGGUGCACUGACAACAGCUACCACUCAGGUUUUCAUGGCACUUCAAACUGAUUCUGAUGCAAAUGUCUUGAGGCAGCAGAUCAAACAAUGGACCACAGUGAAACAUGAACUGGUGAAAAGUAUGCAAGAUGAAAAGAAACAAGCUGAAAGAUCAAGGUUUGUCAUGAAUUUUCGUUAAAAAAUUAAUUUUGAUUAAAAAACCACACACGCACCACUGGUUGAGAAUACAUGAAUAUGUCAUAUUUUAUUACAACUGCAUGAAUACUUCAGUGAGGUGCUCUUUUCUAAAAAGUAUGAGAUUCUGUUCGUCCAAAUACGUCAUGUGAUGUCUUACCUGUCUUUCUAUUUUUCUCUGUUUACAAUAGAAUCCUUUGCAGUGUUUUAGCAGAACAGAAAGAUGCUGAAGAUAUUAACAGCAGUCAGCUUUGUUUAGUUCUUCAGGAAGAGCUUGCUUCUUACAAGGCAAAGAAGUAAGUUCUCAAAAAGACAGAUAUCACAAGGUUUCUGGACUUGUCGCAGAAACAGGGAAAGAGUUCCUCAUUUUAAUUGUCCAUUUAGCUCUUUUAUUACCAUACAAUAUAGUAUGAACAAGAUCCUGGAAAGAAAUAAAUACAGUUAAACUGGGAAAACCAUGAACACCAGAAAUAUUUCUGGAAUGCUAUUGUCUUGCAAGAGAAAAGCCAAUCAGGCGUGAGAAAACUAAACUGCAAGCAAGAAUGUUAGUUAGUUUGUGGUUUCGUGGCCAGUUCACGUGUCCUGAUCUUUGCUGUGAUUAUUAGUCAUAACACAAUAAACAUUCUUGAGAUAUUUCAAGUCUUCACGGUGUUCCCGGUCGCACUGUAAGCUCAUGUGAAAGUACAGUGUACAUACAGUGCAUGUAUUGCUGUCAGGACUGUCACUAAGAAACAGGGACCAGGGAUUUCCGCCAACGACUGUGAGUGUGAGCCCCAACUACUCUCAUAGGAAACAAAAGUAAAAUACAUUAUGUAGAACCAAAAGAACUUGCCAGCUGUACAAUUCCCCUCCUACUAAUUACAUAUCAAUGCUGCAUUCUGAUUGGUUGAGCUACUACUAGGCUAUAUGUUAUAGCCCACUAGUACCGAAAAGCACGGGCUAUUUGGCGGCAAAAAAGGAUUAAAGUCCAGCUUUAACUAGCAGGGUUGUCACUAAGGGCCGGGGGCCGGGGAUUUCCCCCGGCUACUCAGAGCAUGGCCCCCGGCUACUUUCGUCAUUAAAUUAAACCAAAAGAGCACACCUUUGAAACACACAAAGACUAUCCAUCAAACUAAAUGAAAGAUUCAUCUGCAGCAGGUUCAAGUGAUUUUGAAAUACUCGCGUGCAAAACCUAAGAAAUGUCGGAAAAAGACAUCUGCCUUAGAUUUGGUACUAGUACACACGCGCGAAAACUCUCCGUUCGCGAAAUGUCAGUAGAAAGUUUUAGCAACGACGACGGCGACGGCAACGAGAACGUCAAAAAAGCAAUUGGUUUAUUGAGCAAAACAACUAUUUUGCACGCGCAUCACGCUUUUUUGUACAUUUCUUUGCCGUUACUGCACUACUACGACGUGAAAAUGCCUAGGGUGCGGAUUGGGAAAUCCGGAUUUAGAUUUUGAAAAUCUAAAUCCGGAUUUCCCAAUCGAACGUGAAAUCCGAAAACGGAUUUCACCUCCGAGAAAUCCGUCCUCAGGGUGGAUUUCAAUUAAGAAAUAGAAAUCCGGAUUUCAUGGAUUUCAUUUUUUUUGAGGCUUCAUCCGAGCGUUAAAUCUCCCUGAUGCUGAUGUUGAUGAUAAUGAGGAUUAUGAUGAAGGCUUUGAAGAUGAACACUAUGACUGAUUGCUAUGUUUAGGAAAUUGACGUUUAAGUGACCAGGUCUAUAUUUAGCUUUGUGAGGUAUCGAGUAUAUAAAAUAACGCACGGUCAACGGGAAAUAUUAGAUCAUUGUCCGCAGGUCAUGAUCACAUCCUCUCAGUUCUACUUCCAAGAAGUUAUAUUUAAAAGGGAAGUUAAGCAUUAGCAUUACUUUUGCAUUCUUCUCCCUGAGUCUCGUUUUGACAUCUCAGCGUCGUUUAUAAAGUAUUAGCCCUCUCUUUUAAAUGCUUUUCCGUAUGUCAGUUUCUUCGUAUGUUAAGUGAUGUUUCGUUCCUAAAUUCGAGACCACUAAUGUUACCAGUUGUGCAGUUUAGUUUUGCCAUAUUCUAUCCCGCAAUUUUUCGUACGUUACGCUUGUUUUAGCGUUAUCAUACUUUUAUUUUUCAACAAACCAUAGUAACCUUGUGUUUAUGAUGCUUUUUCGUACAUUCAUCGUCCGCUUGUCGUCUUUCCGCUUCUCCGUGAGUUAAUUCAUUUGUAAUAUUAGUUUUACUUUUGUUUUCUGUAACUUGUUUCGUUCUUACGUAUAACAAAAUGAGGAUUUACAAUUGAUUUUAAAACGCAUGUUAAUUCAUUUCCACUUUUCAUUUUCAUUUUCAUUUCCAUAAGAAUCGAUUGUCCUUUCCACAUUUUUAACAUUUGUAAAGUAUCGUUGUGAUUUAACACUUCACUGGCCAGCAUGCGCCUUGUCUGCGUGAAGAUAAGACUGCGCGGAUAACGUGACCGGUGCCUACCUGUCAUCUAUUUCAGACCCGGUGCUUACAUGUAUACUCCCAUUUGACGGCCACUAAAAAAACUCUCCAACGAGCCUUUACGUAAAGUAAAAACUUAUUAUUUUAGGGUCUCCGAAUGAUGUUGUUUUCUUUAAUAGAGACGUGAUCAUCAUAAAACCGCUAAUGAUAGCUGUACUCUUGAUGAAGAUUGCCUUUUUGGGGCGUUAAUGCGUUUUAGAAAACGGUAGAAGUUGCGCUGCAAAAACUUCUUGUAGGGGGUUCUCUAGGACUGCUUGCGACUUACCCGGCUACUAACAACAAAUACCCGGCAACUUGAAAUCUUAGUGACAACCCGAACUAGCUAAAAUUUUUUUAUUCUCGACAUUUUUGACCAACUAGUUGGGUAUUUAACAAUUAUUCCUCUGGCCCUCAUGGCCUCUGAGUCAAUAGCUCAUUCGGCCUUCGGCCUCAUGGGCUAUUGACUCAGAGCCCAUUCGGGCUCGAGGAAUAAUUGUUAAAUACCCAACAACUUUACAUGUAUGCAGAUCAUGAGGUUCCUAAAAAAGUUCUCUUCUAUUUCACUUACAGUACUCAGUCUCCCAAAAAUGUUUUGUCCUUUAUACAUGUGUAUUCAAUUAUCAUUUGAGGGGUUGAUUUGAACCCAGGAGUCGCUUCAUAAGCGUGUACAAUAAUAUUAUGAUUGUCGGGGUGAGUGUUGUCCUGAAUAUAAUGACUGUUGCUGACUCCAACGAAGAUUAUCCUGGGUUAUCCUUUAUCCCAAUUCCGUUUUGAACCACUCUGGCCAAUUGAUAUUGUACACCAUUAAGUGGUCUAUUUUUUCUCUUAUUUCCAGUUAUGACACCACAAUGGAGCAAAUUUCUGUCAUCAGACAGCUUAUGGAGCUGUACAUUAUCCGAGAUGAGGAGUUUCAUUAUGGUUCAGUGAUGCUUGAGCUUGGUGUGGCACUGCAUGGCCUUGGAGACAAAGAUCUUGAGGAGGAGAAGUGAGUCUAAAGCUUAUGUGUGUUCUGGAUUAGUAUGUGGCAUUUUGUCUUACAUUUAGGUAAAUGACUUUGGAAUAGCAAAAAUACAUUAACAUAAAACAUGCUCUUGUUUGAUCACAGAGUGUAACUUGAGGUAAAGGUAAAGGGACAUUCAACCAGCUGUUUUGUUACAAUGUCAUUCAGGGUUAUAUGGCCCAUUAUGAAGCCAGUCACUUUAGUAUUACUGUAAUCUUGACUGUUUUUAUAGGCAAAGACAUUUUUUGAAAAGAGAUUUUUCUUCACUUGAACUUUACACAGUACAGACUGAACACAAGUGACGCAUUGUGGUAUCCAUUCUCUGUGGAUUCCAUGCUCUUGUGAUAAUUGAUGAUAAAGUGUCAUCAGGGUUGUUGAAGUGGAGAAGGAUGUCUCAUGGUUCACAUCUCUAAUUGGGCAACACCCCAAUCCCCAGCCAGCCCUCAACAAUAGCCCUAAACAUUUUGAUAUUCUUUGCUCAAGGUCUGCACUUGAGUGUUGUCAAGAAGCAGCUGCAAUUCUGGAGCGGCUGGCAGACACAGCAGCUAACACAGAUGAGGACAAAAAUCACCUGUCACUUGUGCAGGACAGACUUGCUGCAGCAUAUUUAUGGCAGGCAUUGUUAGAGCACAAAGCAACAAUGGAAGACAAACCAGAAGCAAAAUCAGCAGAGGAGCUCAGUGAUAGUUAUGACACAGAGGAGGUAGUUGUCCAUAUAUUUUUUUUUUUCUUUGGAGGGUAUGCAAAUCUGGCCCCAGUUGUUCAAAAGGUGGAUAAUACUAUCCACUGGAUAAAUCACUAUCCUGUGCAGGGUUGUCACUAAGAUUUCAAGUUGCCGGGUAAAUACAACAUGUAGGCGGGAAUCAAACGGCUAGGGAUUUCUUUUGGUUCUAUUUUUCUUCCAUUUUCCAAUAAAAGUAGGCGGGGGCCACUCUCUUAGUAGCUGGGGAAAAUCCCCAGCCCCCGGCUCUUAAUGACAACCCUGCUGUGUAUAGCACAGUUGUUUGUUAUUUGAUCCACUGACUGGAUAGUGAUUUAUCCGGUGAAUAGCCAUAUCCAACGUUUGAACAACCAGGGCCAGAAAUAUAAUGGGAAUGGGCUGGGGGUGGUCAGGUGUGACACAUAAUGAACUUAUUCCAAUAUAAUUUUACUUCUCUUUUUAGGUCGAAGGCAUAUGUCUGGAGCAGCCAUUUAUGUCAUCCCUUCAUUCAGCAUUGGAAACGUGGACAGUGUUAGCAAAUAGAUCAGUGCAAGAAGGGACAGGCAAAAAGGUAGAGUUGGGGCAUUAUUAUUGUGCAGUUUAGUUUUUUUUUUAUGAUACAUGUACCUACUGGGUCAGAGGCAAGAAAAGAGAGCACUUCUUUUUUUCUCAUCUUCUAAAAACUUACUCACAGGUCAAAACAUGAAAAGUUUGGAAACUUGAUUAGUCUGCAGAAAUACUAUAGAUUUGUUUUAAAAGCAAUAUCUGUUAUUCUUUUUGCAGAUUGACUUGCAACACUUUGUUAACCCUGAGGAAACUUGCCAUUACCUUCUGAUUAUUGCUGGAAUGUUUGGACUUGUCAGCCAGGUAAACUGAAAGGAAGUAGAAGGCUGUUUCUGGGGACUGUCUCAUGGAACAGUAACUGAUGCAAGCUGUGUUAGGUUCUUUCUGCUUAUGAGUUCUAAGAGAACAACAAUAACUCAGUGGUAUAUUAAAAAAGCAGUGCUCAUUAAAAAAUUCAAAACAUGUUUUCAAUGAAAAGACUAUAUAAAUACAAGUUAAUCUCAAGAUUACAUAACUUUCUAAAAUUAGUCGCUGAGGGUGAAAGGAAUCAUAUUGACAUCUGAAAAUCAUGCGUUAUCUACUUCAGUGACUUGCAGCAUCCCUUGGGAAACUAGUUUAUAUCUUAAUGUGUCCAUCAAUCCAACCUCAGGAGUUUGAAAUAAUCUGGAAACAAAAUAUGCAAAUGUGCUUCAAAUAAAAUAAGCCCUCUGGGGGCUUAUAGUAGGAGAAGGAUUUACAGUAACUGUUUUCCUUGCAACCAUUCAUUGAGUAAUUUUUAACUUUUUACAGCCAUUCAAGAAGGUGUGUGCUCUUCAUCUUGCUGCUACCAUUGCCCAAACAAUCAGCACUAACAGUAUGCUGGAUAAUAGAAUAUCUGCCUGUAGUGAAGCUGUUCAUACCCUGUGUUAUGUACUGGACAUUUCUCAUGCCAGUCUUCUGCUGCAUCAGACCAGUGAUGUGUUAGAAACCUUUGAACCAAGUGGAUCAGUUAUGGUCCAGUUUCUGUUGGCAAAGAGUCACUAUCUGUUAGUGGCAGGAAAGGUGAGCUAA